GCUCUGGAGCAAACUGAGAGAAGCCGCAAACUUGCUGAGCAAGAGUUGCUGGAUGUUAGUGAGAGGGUGCAGCUACUGCACUCACAGAACACUAGCCUGAUAAACCAAAAGAAGAAGCUGGAAGCUGAUACAUCCCAGCUUCAGACUGAAGUGGAGGAAGCAGUGCAGGAAUGCAGAAAUGCAGAGGAUAAGGCUAAGAAGGCCAUUACUGAUGCUGCUAUGAUGGCAGAGGAGCUAAAGAAAGAGCAGGACACCAGCGCUCACCUGGAGCGUAUGAAGAAGAACAUGGAGCAAACCAUCAAAGACCUCCAGCACCGUCUGGAUGAAGCUGAACAGAUCGCCAUGAAGGGAGGCAAGAAGCAGAUUCAGAAGCUUGAAGCCAGGAUCAGAGAACUC